AGGAUCUUAAAUUGAAAUUGCCUUAUUUUGAAGAAGUGUCCCAGUGAAGCAGCAGCAGUGAAAUCCAAUCUGGUCAACAGGGCGACCAACGUAAUUUCCAUCCUCCGUUGUCUUUGUGAACUUCCGAACAGUGUUAUUUUGAAGUUUUGAACAUUUGAGUUGUGUUAGCGAAAGUGUUACCAUUUGAGAGCAAUUGAGAGAAACCAUGGAGCAAUUUAAACAAUUAGUUUACCAGAGAGGCCGAGUGCAGGCGCGAGUAUCGGUGAUUAUCAACAAGCUAAGUGAUGCGAUAGAGCAAAACGAUAAUACCAACUUAUCGCAGUUAAAAGCGUAUGAAAAGAAGCUAGAGUUGCAUUAUGCGGAGUAUAUGGCGAAACAUGAUUUGAUCAUGGCUCAGUGUCCCAGUUUUGGGAAAACAGAAGACCAGGACGAAAAGUUGGAUGAGUUUGACAGCAUUCAUACUGAUGCUUUGGAAAAGCUCAAUCAUCUGUUGGAUUUCUUUCGUGCCGAUCCAACACAUAACAACCGUGGAUCCCCUCAAGUUAUUGUGACCCAACAGCCUCUGAAGACGCCGAUUCCGACAUUCGACGGAAAGUAUGAAGCGUGGCCAAAGUUCAAGGCGCUGUUUAAUGAUUUGGUAGGUAAGUGUGGUGAUUCCGAUGCAACAAAACUGCAAUACCUUGACAAAGCGUUAAUUGGUGAAGCUUCCGGCAUCCUGGAUGCCAGAAUCAUUAACGACAACAACUAUCAACAAGCGUGGCAGUUGUUAGAGGAGCGGUUUGAGAACCCGCGAGUGAUCAUCGACACCCACAUUUCCGGUUUAUUGUCGAUGAAACCAAUAUCUAAGCAGUGCUGGAAAGAACUGAGAAACUUGAUCGACAAUUGCAAUCGUCAUGUAGAGGGGCUGCGAUUUAUGGAGCAAAGCGUCGAUGGGACAGCUGGUCUUAUCGUUGUGAAACUGCUGACAUCUUGCCUCGAUGGAGAAACGAGAAAGCAGUGGGAGCAAACUUUGGAACAUGGGGAACUUCCAAAUUUCGAUGAAUCCUUAAAGUUUCUCAGGAAUUAUUGUCAGGUCCUCGAAAGGUGUGAGAUAGAUAAGACGUCCUCUUCAAACGUAGCCAAAAAACUUCCUAUGUCGGGAAAGCCCAGCUGGUCACCGAGAACAUCUCAUCCAGCGACAUCCGUUCCAUCAGAUAGUGUGUGUGACGUGUGCACAGGGUCGCACCUUAAUUACAAGUGUCCUUCUUUCCUGAAAAUGAAUGUUGGUCAGCGUGUCAGCAAGGUGAAGCAAAUUGGGAUGUGUUUCAACUGUCUUCGUAAAGGCCAUCAAAUUCGAGACUGUCCUUCAGAUAAGUCAUGUUCGAAGUGUGGUAAAAAGCACCACACAAUGUUGCACUUUGAGCGAGAAUUUUGUACCGAAUCUAAGUCGCAAAGUUCAAAUACUUCGGAAAAGACAGCAUCAGUGUCAGCUAUUCCCGAAAGUCCAGUGUCUACAGCAUGUUCCAGCAUUCAACGACCAACAAAACAAGUGCUUUUGAUGACUGCGUUGGUGAGUGUAGCAUCAAAAAGUGGGAAAAUAUUUAAGCUACGUGCCCUUCUCGAUUCCGGGUCUCAAGUUAACCUGGUAUCUGAGUCUGCUAUUCACUUACUGGCGCUUCCAAAGUAUCCUGCGAACGUUCCAGUUAUUGGUGUAGGUGGUGCCAAGUCUAGAAUCCUACAUCAUGUGAUUAUGCGCCUAUUUUCCGACUAUACUGGGUUCCAAAGUGACGUGGACUGUUUAGUGACAAGAAAAGUGACAGGAAAAGUUCCUUCUGCUCCAGUUGACAUUUCUGAAUGGAAUAUUCCGCCAGGUAUUGUGUUAGCCGAUCCAAUGUUUAAUGAGCCAAGAGAUGUGGAUCUGUUGAUCGGGGCCGAACUAUUUUUCCAAAUUUUGAAACAAAAUCAACUGAAAUUGGCCGAAGGUCUUCCAAGCUUGUACGAGACACAAUUUGGAUGGGUUUUUGCUGGUGCUCUCAAGUACGAGACCGAAGCUGUUAACGUGUUGUGUGCCACCAAUGAGGAUCCGUUGUUGAAAGAGAUUCAAAGGUUUUUCGUGCAAGAAGAGCUUUUUGAGGAGAAAAUGCCAACUAGUGAAGAACAACAGAUAGAAGACCAUUUUUGCAGAACGUAUCGUCGUGAUGAAGAUGGUCGAUUUGUGGUCCAAUUACCUUUCCGCGAAUCCAUUAACCAACUAGGUAAUUCCAGAUCUUUAGCGAUGAAGAGAUUCCUGUCAAGUGAAAAGCGCCUAUCCAAUGAUACAAUUAUGAAAGAGAUGUACCAAAUUUUCAUCAAGGAAUACCAGGACCUUGGCCAUUGCCAUGAGAUUCACGAGGAGAACGAUCCACCAGGACAGCAGAAUUAUUAUUUUCCACAUCAUGCUGUACUCAAACCUUCAAGUACCAGCACAAAGCUACGUGUGGUAUUUGAUGGUAAGGCGAAGUCAAAUGGAUUAUCCUUGAAUGAAGUGCUAAUGAUCGGUCCCAAAAUCCAAAACGAUUUAUUUGCCAUACUACUGCGUUUCCGAAAACACAUUUAUGCAUUUUCAGCAGAUGUUGAGAAAAUGUAUAGGCAGGUGAAGAUCGAUCCAAAACAAACGAGAUACCAAAGAAUUUUCUGGCGUGACCAGCCCGCAGAAAAAAUAAAAGUGUUAGAGUUGUCAACGGUAACCUAUGGGACAUCUCCUUCGUCGUUCUUAGCAGUGAGAUCAAUGGUUCAGCUGGCACGAGAUGAGAGUAGAAACUUUCCUGCAGCUGCCGAAGUGAUAUUGGAAGACUGUUAUAUGGACGAUAUUCUGAGUGGUGCUUCAACGCUAUCAUCUGCGAAGCAAUUGCGAUGUGAAAUUGAGCAACUUAUGAUGAACGGAAAGUUUCCUAUUCGGAAGUGGUGUUCUAACAACAACGAGGUGCUCGAUGGUGUUCCUGAUCAAGAUCGUGAGAAAUUAGUGCACAUAAAAGAUUCUGGAGCGAGUGAAACGAUUCGAACUUUAGGUGUUCUUUGGAAUCCGAAAACUGACCAGUUCCUGUUUUGUAGAAGUCCGGAAACGAUGCAAUCCGAUGCGAAAGUGACAAAAAGACAUGUUCUAUCCCAAAUUGCCAAACUGUUUGACCCGCUCGGGCUCAUAUCACCAGUAAUAGUGUCAGCCAAGUCCAUUAUGCAGCAAUUGUGGGCUGCUGGGUUAGGAUGGGAUGAGGCCCUCGAAGGUGAGAUGUUGAAAAGAUGGAUCGUGUUCCAUCAGUCACUACCGCAGUUGAACGAGAUACAAAUUCCGAGAUGUGUCGUAAUCUCUGAUGCUCAUCGCAUUGAAAUUCAUGGCUUUUCCGAUGCGUCGUGCACUGCUUAUGGCGCUUGUGUGUUUUUACGUUGUGUUCAAACGGAGGGAACAGUGUUAGUUAUACUAGUGUGUAGCAAGUCCAGAGUUAGUCCUUUGCGUCGUCUUACUAUGCCUAGACUUGAGCUGUGUGGCGCAUUGUUAUUGGCAAGAUUGAUCAACCUAGUGAUACCUAUUUUGAAAAUAAAAGUGCAUGAUGUCAAGUUGUGGUCGGAUAGUCAGAUAGUGCUUGCGUGGAUAAAAAAUCUCCCAAUCCCAAUCAACUUCAAACCUACGUGA